AAAAUCUCGGAGGCAGCAGGAAUGCCCCAAAGGAGGAGAGGGCUGCAGCUUGCAGUAAUCUGUAAAUGAUUGCUGGUAAAGUCUGGAGGCUUCAGGCUUGAUCUGUGUUUGUUCCAAAAGAAAGCCAAGGAGGACGGUGUUAAUAAAGAGAGAUUUAACGGACAGCUGUGCUUGGAAUAAAGUGGGCUACAAAAAGGUCAAAUUUGAUCAGUUGGAGCAGAUUACAAGGGCUGUCAAAGGUGGUGUGGAGAAAUGAGCUGUGGCUGGGAAGUAAUAAUAGAGCAAGAUUGAUUUGGGGGGUGGAGGAAAGCCAGGACAAGUGCUUAUCAAUCCUACAAGUAGGAAGAGCUGCGCUGGACGCCCAGUCGCGCUGGCCUGAGCCGAGAAGGCUGCCUGCCGGCUCCUUCCCCUGCACCCACCCCCUCACCCCUCCUCUCGGACUGGAUUCGCUCUCAGCCGGCUUCUUAGACAAUGGUUUCCUUAAUCUCUGACUUGGAUCCACUCAAAGACUGGAAAGUUUUAAGAGAGACGACCACAGAGCUAGCUGGAAGUCUGCCAAGUAACGGCACAGCCAACAAGAUGAACGGCGCUUUGGAUCACUCAGACCAACCAGACCCAGAUGCCAUUAAGAUGUUUGUCGGGCAGAUCCCCCGGUCCUGGUCGGAAAAGGAGCUGAAAGAACUUUUUGAGCCUUACGGAGCCGUCUACCAGAUCAACGUCCUCCGGGACCGGAGUCAGAACCCUCCCCAGAGUAAAGGUUGUUGUUUCGUAACAUUUUAUACAAGAAAAGCUGCACUUGAGGCCCAGAAUGCACUGCACAAUAUUAAAACUUUACCUGGGAUGCAUCAUCCCAUUCAGAUGAAACCUGCAGAUAGUGAAAAGUCAAACGCUGUGGAAGACAGAAAAUUGUUCAUAGGAAUGGUUUCGAAGAAAUGUAACGAGAAUGAUAUCAGGGUGAUGUUUUCUCCAUUUGGCCAGAUAGAAGAAUGCCGGAUCCUCCGGGGACCCGAUGGGCUGAGUCGAGGCUGUGCGUUUGUCACAUUUUCUACAAGGGCAAUGGCACAGAAUGCAAUCAAAGGCAUGCAUCAGUCUCAGACCAUGGAGGGCUGCUCUUCACCUAUCGUGGUGAAGUUCGCUGACACGCAGAAGGACAAAGAGCAAAGGCGUCUCCAACAGCAGCUCGCCCAGCAGAUGCAACAGCUCAACACUGCCACCUGGGGGAACCUGACGGGUCUGGGCGGACUCACCCCACAGUACCUGGCGCUUCUGCAGCAGGCCACCUCCUCCAGCAACCUGGGUGCAUUCAGUGGCAUUCAGCAAAUGGCUGGCAUGAAUGCUUUACAGCUACAGAAUCUGGCCACACUGGCAGCCGCUGCAGCCGCGGCCCAGACCUCAGCCACCACCACCAAUGCAAACCCUCUCUCCACCACGAGCAGCGCCCUGGGAGCCCUCACAAGCCCCGUGGCUGCUUCAACUCCCAACUCCACUGCUGGUGCGGCCAUGAACUCUUUGACCUCACUGGGGACUCUGCAAGGACUGGCGGGAGCCACUGUUGGACUGAACAAUAUUAAUGCACUCGCAGUUGCUCAAAUGCUCUCAGGUAUGGCGGCUCUGAAUGGAGGACUUGGCGCCACGGGCUUGACGAAUGGCACGGCGGGCACCAUGGACGCCCUCAGCCAGGCCUACUCAGGGAUCCAGCAGUACGCAGCGGCCGCACUGCCCACUCUGUACAGCCAGAGCCUGCUGCAGCAGCAGAGCGCCGCGGGCAGCCAGAAGGAAGGUCCAGAGGGUGCAAACCUCUUUAUUUACCACCUUCCACAGGAGUUUGGAGACCAGGACAUUCUGCAGAUGUUCAUGCCUUUUGGAAAUGUUAUCUCUGCUAAAGUCUUCAUUGACAAACAGACCAAUCUGAGCAAGUGCUUUGGUUUUGUUAGCUACGACAAUCCAGUGUCUGCGCAAGCUGCUAUCCAGGCUAUGAAUGGCUUUCAGAUUGGCAUGAAACGCUUGAAGGUCCAGCUGAAGCGCUCCAAAAACGACAGCAAACCUUACUGAUCCUAACCCCAGAGGCUCCCGCUCUUAUUUUAGCUUUCCUAGGGUAAGUCCCACGGGCCAGCCUGUUCGCAACAGGACAGGCAGAGGAGGACCACAUUGCCAACUUUUACCACGAGAGACGGUUAUUUUUACAAUAAGGCCUCCAUCCCCUCCCACCCCCACCCAGUUCGCCAUAUUUAAGACUUGGGCUACCUUGUUUCUAGCGAGUAAACUCCAGUGCCACUGUAUUCUCCUUUGUUUUGCAAUUUGAAUCUCCUUUUACCUUUUUUUCGUUUUGUUUUUGGGUUUUGCUUUUUAAAAAAAAAAACCAUACACACAAAUAAAUGCCAUCUUGAGGAUUUAAAAGGCAAACAGAGGCUAAUGUGCACUUGUAACGCUGAGAGCUGAUGCCCUGCCUGGAGAACUGAGCCCUCCUGCCCCAGCUUACCCCUAGGCGGGCACCAGCUGUUCAGAGGUCAGGCGGUGGCCUAGCCAGAGAGAAGCCAGGAGAAGCACUUAAAACAAUCCACAACGUCUUUCCACUACAUUUGGUUUGUUUUAAUCCAUGGGAUUUUAUUUUAGGGUUCAAAGAAACAUGACAUCUAUUGGUCAGGUUAUUACACUGGUUGUCUAUUUUGUUAUUGUUUUAUUUUAGUUCUUAGAAAGGAUUAAUGUAAAAAAAAAAGAUUUAGAGAUCUGUUUCUUAAAGCUACAGGGUUUAAAAAUAAAAUAAAAAGGAAUGAAAAUACUUGAUGUUUCUUGAAAGAUAAAUUUAAUAAUAAAUAAUACAUAAAUAAUACAUAAAUAAAAAAGAAAGCCACAGGCCUGUAAAUUUUAUUUGUAAAAAAAGCAUUUCUAUUUUUGUACAAAAUUUUUACUGCCUCAGAAAUAAUGGAAGUUCUUUAUUGCCUAUUGUUAACUUAUUGGGAACCUAAAGAGCAGCUCUCCGCGCUAGCUAGAUCCUUCAGAAGUAGUCUCUAGAGGAAUGGGCUUUUUGUCACCAUUGAACCCUAGGCCUAAAGUUCAUGCUUUAUCCUCUUGUCGUUUGUAUCUGUCUGAUUAUUUUGUUCGUAACUUCCAUUAUCUAGUUUACAGUUCAGUUGUCUGACUUUCCCCGUAUGUUACAUUCGUUGAAACUGGAUCCUCUCCCCUGUCCCUUGCCAGCCCCUCACCCCAAAACACCCAGAAUCCAUCCUCUCUCCCUCUCCGGAUGGAUUCUUGGGGUUCCAUCGUGCUGUGGAUAAAGAUUGUAAGAAAUGCAAAUUAUGUGGACGGCUCGUAGACUCCCUAAUGACCUAAGAUUUGCAUUAGUUUUUCUCCUGCACCCUUAAGAGUGAUUUUGUUGCUGCUGCGUAGAUUCUGUGUAACUUUUUACUCUCCCUUGUUUUCUCCCUAGACAUCUUCAUGCCCGUUAGUUCACCGUUUGCCUAGCAUGUCCCUGUGGCGUCUCAAAAAAAAAGUUUCAUCGUCCCGUCAUUGUUUCUGAUGUCUUUCUGACCUCACAUCAUAUUUGGUUCUCCUACUGACCUUUGAUCUAGUUUGACCUUUGAGAUUUGCAUGUGACCUCAUCUAGCUAUGAAUUCUGGGAAGUCAAUGUGAAAAACAUUGCUGCAUUCAUGCAAGACUGAAAUUUAUUAGAAAAAUUAAUUAUAGAAAAACAACCUGUGGCAAAAAUGUUUCUUUCUUAUUUUUUUUUCUUUUCAUAAAACAGACUUGAAAGUAUUAUACAGGGAUUGGCAUUCUUCCCGGUCACUGGUAACAAUAGCAAUAUGUGUCCAGGGACACAGAAUGUUGGUUUCUAACAGACUACUUCCAAAAACAGUUUGAGAAAAAAACUGUCUGAUUUUAAGUCUCUAGAGGUCUGUAAUAGUUUUUACAUUUUUCAGGCAGUGUAAAGUUUUUUGAUAAGGCCAUUUUAGGUGGCUCACUUUCUCAUUAAGAUAUAUAUAUAGAACCACUUUUUGUAGGUUAGUAUAAGAAAAAUAUUUACCCUGUUUUGGGGCAAAUGCUACCUAUUUGUGUCACCUUUUGCUGAACUGACUCACAGUUAGACAAUCCAUGGUUUAAUGCACAUGAAAUUACCUAUAUUUUAUACUGUUUCAAUGUACAGGAGAAAGGUUACUGUAAACUGUGUUGCGUUGGUGCUUCUGUGAAUUAAGUUGUGGUUUCAUCAUGAGUCUUACGGUCUUAAUGUUCUUUGUUGAUAAGACAAGUUUAGAAUUGGUUUACUUAAAAAAAAGAAUUUCAAAAAAUUUGCUUAAAAAAAAUUUCAUGUGAGGGGAAAAAAAAAAAUACCUAUUCCAGAAUAAGUUUUGUGUUGGCUUGUAAAGCAUUGAUGUCAUUUUUUUUUAUUAUUAUUAUUGUGGACUAUUUAGAUGUGUUUGUGUUCAGCAAAAUGUGAUUUUUUUUUCUUUUAAAGAAAAAAGUGAAAAUAUAUAGUGCCAAAUUCCAAAGGUACUUCCUUCCUAGAGCUUCAGUGUGUUUGUGAGAAGUAAUUUGAUAACAUGGGUAUUUUAUUAUGUGUUUUGUAUAAAUCCCUAAUAUUUAAAAAACAAAAAACAAAAAAAGAGGUUAAAAAGUUUGUUAACUUGCUAUCCUGUGGUCUUGUUGCCUGAAAUUGUUAUCGUUUGUUAUUUCUCUAUGAUGUUUUUUGUAAGACACUGUAUAAGUGCCCAUGUCUCACUUUUUUAACCACUCUGCACAUCAACGCUGUGACGGCAACCUCACAAUGUAUUUUCUUCAUAAUACAUGGAAACCUCUAAGGUGAGAAAGUUUUGAACUUUUAACCCUUUCUACCCAGAGCUAUCGGGAAUGUUGGUAACUUUUUAUACUGUCAUCAUUUUGUUUGCGGGUAUUUUUCUAAUUUGGAUUCUCCCCAACCCCCAGCCCCCAUCUAUCUUCUCUAUAGAGUUGCUUUUUGUUUUCACUACUUUAUCCUUUGGUUGCGAUCCAAAAGAAAACUCCACAAGGCAAAUCUGAAGGAAAAAAAUACAUACUUUAACCUGAUUUUUUUUUUUAACUGACAACUUCUGGUCAUUUUUUAAAAAAGAAUUUUUAAUGCGCUGCAGGAAUUCCUUCUGACCAGUUUAUUGGCUAAACCUGUGAGGGGAAUGGUAGGUAGAUUUCAGCACCUAAGUGAACCUGAAAUUCUCUGCUUCUGAGAUCAGGUUUAGUGGCCUGGUCCAGUUUAGAACAGUUUCAUCGACCUUCCAGUGAAAUGACUGUGAUGGAGUCAUUUGAGGUAUUUUUGCUUUUGUUUCUGAAAUACUCCUCGUUAAUAUCUCUAAUCAGCCACUGUACUGGGAUUCUCUGACCCCCUCUGAAUACGCAAGGUGUCUGGAGUUAGAAGCGGAUAGUCCCUUCCCUUUUGAUUUUUAAUUGAAUGCAUGUAUUGACCACAUAAGUCAGUUCUUUGUCACAGUUACUGACCAAAUACCUAGCGCCAGUUCCUGCUGCCACUUUUUAAUGAAAGUGCCAUAUUACUUUGACUUCGUGUGAACAGAUCUUUUGCUGUCUUGACAAAUCCCAAUGCCAUCCCUACAGCCCCAGCGCACACUCCUGCCUUCCUGAAAGCAGGCCCCAGAAGCUUCUUUGUCACUAAUGGAGUCCAGAAGCUGCUGGCUCCCCUCCCUCGCUCCUUUGUGCGCUCACCACCCGGCUUGGUUUAGUGUGUGUGAAUGUGAUAGCCCUGGGACGGAAAGGACUAGCCUCCAACGAUGCAAAAAAAAAAAAGUUUCCUUCUUAUAGCACAUGCACUUACAAUGAGGCGAUUUGUAUUAUCCUCACCCGUGUUUACUACUGCUGGGGCCUUCCUUCAUCCUUCGAGGGCUAUUUUGUACUUCCUGCAGCAAUCUGCUGAAAACCAGAAGCUGCCGCACGUCGCACUCACACACAUAGCCCAUGGUGGUGUGCAGGUCGUGCGUAGGAGCGCGAGAGAACACACACCACUGGAAUGGCUCAGACUGUCUCAGUCCGAAUCUCUUCAUUUACCAAUUUCUACAUAAAUCUCAUAACACACUUUUCCCCCAUUUCUUCCAGGAAGCAAACUGCCCUCCACUCCUUUCACCCACCUGCAUCUCCCCCUGAAGCGCCCAGUGCGGCUGACAAGAGGCUCAGGGUGGCACUUUAAGUUGAGUGGUUCUUAUUUUGCAGGCAACCAAGACACAUUUAGGGGGACAGUCCUUUCUUUUUUUUCUUUUUUUUUUUUUUUCAUGUCUCAUUGUUAAAAAGAUAACCCUCCUUGGAGACAAGUUGUCCUUCUAGUCACUUUAUCUUUUAAUAUCAAAAGGAAAAAGUUACAAGGGUGCAAAGGGCCUGUGCCAGAAGAAAAAACACACAGGGAAACUGCUUUUUUAAAAUUCAAGUGUAGAAAAUAGUCAUUUUUAAACUAAAUUAGAGAAUUGUGAUAAAAAUGGCAGUCCUCGAGGCGUAACAAGUUCAUCUUUCUUUCACCAUAGGGGUUCUAGUUCUUUGGCUUGUGCUACUCUGGAUUCAUUUUACUGUUUCUGUUUUUAUUAUCUUAAGUGCUAAUUAACAAGAAGAAAUAAAAUUUUAAAAAAACCUGUAGUUUCAUUACCUUUUUGAAUAAUGUCAUACAAAAAAUGUAUUUGUUUUUUUGUGCUGUGAGAAUUGUUGUUUGUAGAUUAAUAAUAUCAUUUCGUUUAGAAUUACAAAAUAGUUUUUAAAUAUUGUCUGAGAAAAGCCAAAGUUAAUGCAACCUAGUGGAAACUGUAAGACCAUUUGAGUAUUGUUUGUUUUAUUGAUGCAUUUGGAUUUUGUUGUUUGAUGGAAUUUGAGCCAAAAAAAAAAAAAAUACGCAGGCUUUCCUAUUUCUACAACUGAUUGUACUUAUGCAUUUUGUACCAGUGGAACUUUUUAUACUGGAGAUUAAAAAAAAAUGGAAAUUUUUGUGGCUUACUCUAGUGGGCCCCCUGACAAUGACUGAUUUCAAGUUUGAUUUCUGAUUGAUAGAAAGAAAGUUACUUUUUUUUUGAGAAUUAAAAACUUUGGCUUGAUUUCUUUUUUCCCUUUGCUUAUAUCUAGCAUUAGAAUUUUGUCUUAAAAAAAUACAGCGGUAAGUUUCACUUUUUAUUCUGUAUCGUGCAGUUAGUUACACAAUAAGGUAAUUAGAUUUAGAAGUACUCAGUCACUUUAAGUGGAUAAAUGUAUUAGUUAAAACUUUAGGGGUUUGCUUUUUUGCUGUUUAGAUCAAAGUUUUUUCUGAUUCUUCUGUCCUCAUUGUGAACAUAACCGUGUAGUUGAAACAGUCAAACUUAUUUUUGUAACGUAUGUUAUUGUGUGAUGCAGUUUUUUGCUUCUGUCUCCAAUAUUAAACCAUUUUCCUAAUACUUGUGUCUCUCUCUGCGUGUUGUAUUGUUGGUAGUCAUUACAUGUUGGUGAUACAUCUACACACCUCACUGUUUCACGUAUCUGUUUUUUUCUAUAUGUUGUGUAAAAAGAUACAGUCGAUUCCACCUAAGUGAAUAUCUGAUUUGGGGGAAGGGAAACUGCACACCAGCCACCUCUGACUUAUGCUCAGUGGCCUGUUUUAAGCCUGCAUCCAGCGAUUCACCAAAACAACUGCCUACAGAGUUGGAUUUGCCAAGACCUGUUAUGGUCUUUUGAUCACACUGGUAAAUUUCUCUUCUGAACCUCCACCUCUCCCUCUCCCUCCCCUCUCCCUCCAUCAUGGGCAUACGUAUGCAUUUCUUAACAUUCAUUUAAAACUGCUGCUGCUUUACUGCAUAACCUCAAAAAGAAGAAGAGAGGCAGCAGAACUAUCUACCCAGCAGUGCAAAGGCAUAACGUUCCAGUCAAACUCUUCUUAGCGACUAAUCACAUUUUUAAAAGAGGUGCGCUCUCGAGGGCAGAGAAAAUAAACCUACCUGGUGGAUAGAAGAUGUGAAAAGGGUUAAGUACGUGUUGCCAUCCAUCAACAGAGACGUGUAGAAAAGUAAUUUAAAUUAUGUAUUUUUAAGAGCUAACUGAAUCCAGGUGCAACUUUGAAUCAGUAAAAGUAAUGGAAGAGGAAAGAAAUAGUUCCGAGUGCUGAAAUGGAAGCCCUACUCAGCCAGGUGGGGUGGGAGGAGGUCACGUUUCUCAUGCUUCAGUCUUCAUGGUCCUUAUGGUCCAUUUCCAAAGGAAAGCCAAGUUGCCCUGUACACCCACACUCCUUCCUGAAGGAACAUGUAUUUUUAAAAAAGCCUUGUCCCCUGCUACCACCCCAACCCCAAUGAUCAAAAAGAGAACUAAAGCAAAAACGACUCCUGGUAUGCCCUCUGAAAUAGGCCCCAGGCCCUCUUCUCACGUGUGCCCCGCUGUUACGCUCAGGAAUCUGACUGCUCUCCAAGUGCACUUAAAAGAUUCCACUGCUGUCUGCUCCCUAUGUCUGCUCUCGCCUCCCAUUCUUCAGACACACGAGCUCUGUGUGACUCAGGCACCCAGCACCAGGCAGGUCUCCUCUGGCUGCCACUGAGACUUUCCCUGAAGGUGCCAGGCCCUCCACCCGCUGGUUUUAGCAGCCCCUGUGACCCCUAGAUUGUCUAGUCGGCUCAACAGCAGAGGGUCCGGGUGCCGCGGAGGGAAGGCGGCUUGCUCCCCCGCAGGCCGAGCCUCAGUGGCAGGCCGAGCCUCAGUGACGUGGCUCCCACCAGCUCCACACCGGCACACGUGGGAGCUGACUUCCUGCCAAUACUUCUCUAGUCAAUCUCAUCACAGCCUCCACCAGUCUGAAAACCCACAGCUUACGUUAGUGGGAAAAGGUGGCUACGGGUGUGAUUUUUCUUUUCUUUUUUUUUUUGCGGGGGUGUGAGGGAGGGGAGAAGGGGUAAAGAGGGUGAGCAAUUCCAAGAUGAAAGGGCUUAUUUUUAAAAUACGUAAGUGAUGUACGAUAGCUCUAUCUCCACCAUUUGACACAAGGCAAAAUACUCAUGCUAAGUAAAAGAAGGGAAAGACAAAGCCAGUUUUUUUGGUUCUGGAAAAACAAAAACAAUUCUUCAAAGAAGGGGACAAAAAAAUGCUAGUUCCCUUAAGCUCUGAGGACUGUCCAGUAGUCCCUGCUUGGAUUCGCAGCUAGCAUGCUAUUCUGUAAAAGGCCUCUGCAGUGCUAGCAAGGUGUACCUGUUUGCCAUGCGCAGACCCCCUGGGGAUGACAGAGCUGCCAGCGUUCACCCUGGUGACGGAAGCCGCAUGUCUGCCCAGCCCACGGCAGUUAGGAGCAGCCCAGGGCCUGGGACUCUUAGCUGGCAGGCUAGGAAACACAGUGAACAUAAAGGUACUGUGAAUCAUUCCUGAUAAGUGAAUAAAAUAUUGUGACCAAACAAUCAGCUUAUUCACUUAUCAGGAAUCGACUGUUCUGCUAAUUCGCUGUUUUUGUUUUUCAUCUCUGUUGUAGUUCACUAUUCUUGCUGUGUUCUGUUUUCUCCUCUCAUGCUUGGGCAAAAUCACUGGGAAUAUUUAUCUUCAUGUGACCAUGAACGUUUAUAUCGAGUGAAAAUGGUAUCUUAACAAAAUCUAUGCACUUGCUAUCAGGAACACAAUACUGGAUGUGUCUUAUAUAUAUUGAACUAUAUAGUACUCGAUUUCUUAAAUAAAGCUUAAGAAAGGA